GUGUAAGAAACAAAAAAUGAGUGUUGGAUCUGAAUUUGAUGAUUGUCCAAUCCAAUGAAUUCAUAUGUUCGAAUUUGCAGCAUUUCUUUCUUUCAAUGCCUAACAGUGACUUAACCUUAGAGCCCCUUUGCCAACUCCAAAUAAUGGCUACAAAAUAUUCUCUCUUCCGCUCCCGCACUCUCCCGUCCUUCACAUUCUACUCUCCGCCGCGCUUCCGCUUCGCCGCCAAGCGCCUCUUCGUUCCCCUCGUCUCUUUCCCCUCCACCACCACCGUUCUUUCCUUCUCCACUCUCCCGUACGGUCCGUCCCUACAAAAGGGCUAUUCCCCUUUUCCCCUCAAACCUGUGAAGCACACCAGCUCCGGUGAGAAUAUCACAUCCCUUGACGAAGCCGCCUUCACUCGAGUCUUUGACAUUUCCGCGCUGAGAGUACCCUCCAGUAUCUGUUCCAAGCUCGAGAACCGCCUCCGGGGACACCUCCUCAACUGGCCUCGUAUUAGGAACAUCGCUAGAGUUCCCGGCGAUGAAAUUGAUGACCAAUUAAAGAGCCUCUUGCCUAGCUCCGGUAAUGGAGCUGAAGCUGAAGAUGAGAAUCUGGUGGCAUUGAAACGGAGGAUUUACGGGAAAGCUGAGGGGGGGGAGCCGCUCGAUGCGGUUUCGUAUCGGGAUAAGCUCGCGAUGACUUUUAAUUCCAGAGGGUAUGUUAAGUUUAGAAAUUUAGCUAAAAUGUCUAGACCGAAGAAGAAGAAAAAGAGGGAUGAUAGGGAGAAAGUGCAGAUGAAAGGGAUUGGGAAGAAUGAGAUGGCGGUGGUUCAGGUGGUUGAAGAUGAGGAAGAGGAGAGUGAUGGAGAGGAAUUGAGUCGGUUGUUAGGGGAGGAUGUUAAGCGGCCUCCAAAGUGGAGAGGCUCAACGAGGCUCCUGCUGUUGGAUGAGCAAUUGGCAAAUAAAAGUAUUGAGGAAUUGCCUGAGGCAAUCAAGGUAGUUUUUCAAGAACAUGACAGCCAGUGUAUGGAACUUGUGAAAUGCAAAUUGACUCUGUUUUAUGAUUAUUGGGAAUUACAUGAGGUCCUGGAGAUUUUGCUUCCAAAUGGCAUGAUUAUUCCUUCAGCUUUUGAAGCGGUUGGGCAUAUUGCUCACCUGAAUCUGAGAGCUGAGCAUCUUCAAUAUAAAAACCUUAUCGCAAAGGUAGUUUUGGAUAAGAAUAGGCCAAAGAUACAAACAGUUGUAAACAAAGUUGAAGCAAUUCACAAUGAAUACAGAACAAUGCAGCUCGAGAUUUUGGCAGGAAAUAAAUCCCUUGUGACAACGCUAGUGGAAAAUGGAUUGCGUUUCCAUGUUGAUUUAGCAGCAGUAUAUUGGAACUCAAGGCUCGCAACUGAAAGGCAAAGGCUUCUAAGUUGCUUCACACGCAGUGAUGUUGUCUGUGAUGUUUUUGCUGGGGUUGGUCCCAUUGCCAUAUCUGCGGCAAAGAAAGUCAAGCGUGUGUAUGCUAAUGAUUUGAAUCCUUGUGCUGUUGAGUAUCUGGAAAGAAACUGUGUCCUCAACAAACUUGAGAGGAAAAUUGAGGUAUUUAACAUGGAUGGAAGGAGGUUUAUUGAAACAGUUUUUGCUAGUGAGAGAACUCAGUCCAUUACUCAAGUAGUCAUGCAUUUGCCAAAGGAUGCAGCUGAGUUUCUUGAUGCUUUUAGGGGAAUUUUUGAAGGAAAUCGUCCAGGUAAAGAAUAUGUUUUGCCUAGGAUUCAUGUAUAUGGGUUUUCAAAGGCUCAAGAUCCAGAAUUUGACUUUCACGAGCGAAUUAGAACUGCACUGUCAGAGGCAGCUCUUGAUGUAGAGAUGCACAGAGUUCGCGCUGUUGCACCAGGAAAAUGGAUGUUGUGUGCAUCGUUCAUCUUGCCUGAGAGCGUGGCAUACUCAAAAAUGGGUUCAAACUUAUAAAUAGAAACCCUUCUGAGCGCGUGUGUGUAUAUUUAUAUCUAGGAUAUGAUAUUCUUUUUGGAAAUCUGCAGUUCAUUGUCCAGACAGCAACCACCACUAUGCCGAUGACUCCUAGGAUACUGAAUGCACAAGCCCCGGACAUGUUAAACUAGAGUGAUGCUUAAUUCAAUUUUUUUGGAGAACCAGCUGAAGCUCCUCGAAUGCAUCCUAAUAAUUGGUGUUGUAUUUUUUUGCAAGAUCAGCUUCGUACUAAUGUGACUCAAUGGUCAACUACUUGGUGAUGAUAUUUUAUGCUUGAUAGUCUCACAGUGUAAGAUUUCGACUUGCUAUCAGAAACUUGUCUGACUUAGAAUGAGGAAGUUAUCAUGCAAUAGUUGCUGGAAAUGGCUCACGGAACAUGUCCAACAUAUGUCUAACCUAUCAAGGGGAAAGGAUAAUGCUGUCUUUAGCAUCUUCCGACUAAACAUUAUGGUUAAGCUAAAUAUACGAGGAGAGUCAUGUAGUUUGAAGAUGUUGUCUUUACUACUUGAUUUCCCUGUCUUUCCCUUCCAAUUUAAGGGUUAACAACUCUGUUCCUUUCCUUUUUUGUUGAGUAUGUCAAAAAAUGUAAGUGUAAGCUAAGGUUAAAUCCUGAGAUUGGGAAAAGUACAAUGUGGGAGAGCAAGAAUGGGAGGUUGAGGACCACAUAGAACAGACAUAUCCGGACACUAUCUUGCUCUGGGCUUAGGGUUUUGUUAUUUACUGUGUCAAGGUUUUAAGGUUAAGUCAGUGUUCGGCACUGCAAGAAAGAAAUGCUGGAACAUAAGUCGGCCUUCAUGAAUUCAUUGGACAAUCAUCAAGAAAUGCUAAAUAACAUGGGAGGAAGCCCUGAAUGGGACAGUCGUAUGAUGGAUUCCUUGAAAAUUUUUGACCUUAGCAGUCCCGAUGUCAAGCAGCAAUCUGAUAGGCCUUACUCCCGAGGAAGUCAUUUCUAAAAUCAUGGCCAAUCCUGACAUUGCGACGGCAUUUCAAAAUCCAAGAGUUCAAGCCGCUAUCAUGGAAUGUUCUCAGAAAUAGCUGCACUGCAUCGAACUUUACUAAGUUUUUGCCACAUCUGGAACAGCAGAAACGACUUAAUCACAUGGAUUUCUUGUCUUUCUGUUUCAGGUUAUGGAUGUUUUCAAUAAGAUAUCAAUACUCUUCCUAGGGGCAACAGGGAACUAAGCUGUGUAUAGACGUCUUCAACUACACUGGAGAAACUAGAUGAUGAAUCUCAUACCACACAUGUAAGCAUGUUUGUGCACUUUCCUGAUGUCCAAUGGACAAGAUGAGACGGGCGUCACUGCCCUGCUUUAUUAACUUAUCACCAAAUCCAAUACCAGCUUUUUCAACAACCUUUAGAAAGCUCACUGUUGGCCUCACCUUCCAGCAGUACUUCUUCCAGAUUCCACCGUAAAUGUUUUGCUAGUCCUAGUGGGUUCAUCCUUUUAUAGUUUCUCCGUGUUUCGUUGCUUUUUUGCCUUUGGAUGUACGCAUAUUUACGUUGAAACAUGAGUCCAACUAGAAGACCCGAGUCCAAAAUGAGCUUUGAUUCCAACUAGAAGACCGGAGUCCAAAAUGAGCUUUAAUUAAAUCAAACGCGGCAUGGUGAAACUGAAACAGCUUGACAUGUCUCAUGUAUUUUAACCAAGUACACUAUUGAUUUGGACUAUGUUUCAAGUUUUGAAGUUAUGACAUAAUAAUUGUAUG